UGUUUCGCAGUUAUCGUCCGCCGUUGACUCUGUGAUAUUGCAGACAGCCCAUCGGACUUUGAAUUUAAGUAAACUGCCGUUGCCUCUGUAAUAUUGCAGACAGCCCAUCGGACUUUGAAUUUAAGGAAACUGCCGUUGCCUCUGUGAUAUUGCAGACAGCCCAUCGGACUUUGAAUUUAAGGAACAGCCUCUCCCCGAGCAGAAUUUUAAAGGAUUUUUAAGGUUGUCUUUUAAUAUCUGUUUUUCUUUUUGUAUAUAUUGUAAUCAGUUCUUGGUGCCUGCUUUCUUACAAAACAAAAUAAAUGUAUCACUUCUAUAGAAAUGUAUAGUUGCUGUUACUACUACUAGUAUUACCUUUAUACGAAUUCCAAUGAAUCACUUGCUGCAGAGGAGGAAUCAUGUAUCUGCCUGUUAGGAAGUUAUUUUUCUUCAUACUCUCUAUUGUGAAAGUCAACAUAGAAUUUGAUUGGACGAAGGGCAAUUAAACAGUGAGGAGCAGACACUCCCACUGGCCUUCAAGAUAAAGUUUUAGUGCCAGAAACCUUUAGGCAGUAGUGUGUGUACAUACAUACAUACAUAUACAUAUUGACCCACUAGUCAUAGAGCUGAAAUCACUCUUGGCUACUUGUGCUCCCUCCCCCCUGCUCAGCUGCGUUCCCCGAAACGGCAUGAAACCCAGGCAGAGGGGCGUUCGGUGUAUUUACAUAAAAUGGUGAUCCGCUCAAAGACCUAGACCUUUACUCUGUCGCAGAGGAGGAAGCUCGGCAUCGUCUCUUGUGGAGCAUUAUGGACUUCUCUGGCACGUUGAUUCCAGCAGGGCUAAUCGUCGCUUUGCUGUGGCUGUUGAGGCUCAGGAGCCGCAGACAGCCUUGUUUACCUCCAGGGCCAGCAGGUCUGCCUGUUAUAGGAAAUCUGCUACAGCUGGACAAGAGAGCGCCGUUCAAAACUCUGCUAAAGCUCAGUGAAAGCUAUGGCCCCGUGCUGACUGUGUACCUGGGCCGUCAGCGCACAGUGGUUCUGGUGGGCUAUGAGGCUGUGAAGGAGGCACUGGUGGACCAAGCGGAUGACUUCACUGGCAGAGGACCUCUUCCUUUCCUGAUCAGAGCCACCAAGGGCUACGGUCUGGGGAUCAGUAAUGGAGAGCGCUGGCGGCAGCUGCGUCGUUUCACCCUCACAACCCUACGAGACUUUGGGAUGGGACGCAAGGGGAUGGAAGAGUGGAUCCAGGAGGAGGGCAAGCAUCUGGCGGCCCGCAUAAACAGUACCGGAGCCACACCUUUUGAUCCAACCUACUUCUUGAGCUGCACCGUGUCCAAUGUGAUCUGCUGCCUGGUGUUUGGUCAGCGCUUCAGCUACGACGACGGCCACUUCCUCUACAUUCUGCAGACAAUCUCCAAAGUCCUGAAAUUUGGCAGCAGUCCCUGGGGUCAGCUGUAUAACAUCUUCCCUCGGCUGAUGGAGUGGCUGCCAGGUCGACAGCACGAGAUAUUUGCCAGAAUUGAAGAGCUGAGAGAGUUUAUUAUGAAAAAGAUCCGGGAACACGAGGAAACGCUGGACCCCGGCUCACCCAGAGAUUACAUUGACUGCUUCCUCAUUAGACUCAGUCAGGAAAAGCACAUUCCCGUAACCGAGUUCCACUACGACAACUUGGUGUCAACAGUUUUGAAUCUGUACCUGGCAGGAACAGAAACUACCAGCUCAACUAUCAGAUUUGCACUAAGUGUACUGAUCAAGUACCCCAAAAUACAGGAGAACAUGCAGCAGGAGAUUGACACUGUGAUUGGACAGGAGCGUUGCCCUUAUAUGGAGGACAGGAAGUCCCUCCCCUUUACAGAUGCAGUUCUCCAUGAAAUUCAGCGCCUAAUGGACAUUGUCCCCAUGAGCAUCCCUCACUACACCCUCCAGGACAUCUCCUUCAGGGGCUACACAAUUCCCAAGGCUACAAUGGUUAUUCCCCUGUUGCACUCUGUGCUGAAAGAGGAAAAACAGUGGGCAACCCCUCGGUCCUUCAACCCCCAGCACUUCCUGGACCAGAAUGGCAACUUUAAGAAAAAUCCUGCAUUCUUGCCAUUUUCUGCAGGAAAGAGAUCGUGUGUCGGAGAAUCCCUCGCUCGCAUGGAGAUCUUCCUCUUCCUGGUGUCACUUCUGCAGCGCUUCACCUUUUCUUGUCCCGGAGGACCUGACAGUGUAGACCUCAGCCCUGAGUACAGCAGCUUCGCCAAUGUGCCUCGCGCAUACAAGGUCAUCGCCACGCCACGGUGAUAAAUGAUAUUUUUCAGCAUAGUCCUGUGUUUUCAACCCGUCAUCUGGCCUUCAACCUCUGACGAGUGCAUCGUUUGAUACAAAGCGACCUAAUUUCAUACCAGCGUGGAUCAAGCGCAACGACUUAUCUUUUUUUUCUAUCUCCUGUGCUUGUAACUUUGAUGUUUGCCGUGACUACAUCGAAAUGGCCUCCUCGAACCAUGUAUGUGUCGGUGCCUUAUUUUAGCUAGAGUACAUUACACUCUAAGUCUACGUGAAAUAUCCACAUUUAAGCAGUUAUUGUGGUUGAUCUGCAUUACAUCAAAUGGGAAACUGUUUAGUGUUAUUUUUCAUCUUUUGAACAAGAUUCUCAGUUAAUAAUCUCAAAUGCUUUGACGUUCAACUAAGGUUAAAGUUUUCACCAAAUGUUAAAAUGGGUUAUCAAAGAGAUUUUAAAGAGGCUGUCUCACUUAAGACUUCACUUAGUUUUUAAGGUCAUAAUGGUAUUUCUCUCCUUCCCUCACUUGUUGAGUUUAUUUAAACCCCCAGAAUACACAGUGCACACUGGAAUUUAUGUGCGGGGUUAAGGGUUGUUUUAGGUCAUUUAUGUCUAGGUAUGUUUUGUCAUUUCCCCACUUGACUGUAUGAACCUUUUCUGGGGUAUUUUUUUUCUGAAGAAAAAUGCACGAAUCACACACAGGAAUCGUAUACUAAUUUAUUUUAUAGGUAAACAAGAAAUACUUAGUGUUUUAUCCAAAUU